AUGACUAGAAAGAGAGGAGUGAUUUCCUUGACUUAUGAAAGGCUAUUGACCUUCCAAACCUCGGACAGCAUCAGCCGCCUCGACAAUCUCACCGACAACCAUGCUCGAGUAGAGCUAAUAGUUCAUGCUAACCCCUUGCUGGCACUGACUCAAGUUAGACUUUUGCGCUCUCUCAAAAGGCCUGCACGCCUGCGAGUCUUCUUCCCGUUGAGCCCCUCAACCCUUUUCAGAACUAGGCAGUCUUCUACAUUUCUGAGGAACACGAUUCUGAUGAGACUCCUGACGGGAUGCAGUAGAGUAAGAGUACGGAAAGGAUUAGCAUUGUUGGUUGGAACUUCCUCGAUACAGGUUCUCUUCAGAGCAGGAAAAAAACAAGGGCUCGUGCAGCUGCAGAAGGAAAUUGAUCAGCUAGCGGGUGAAAACGUAGAUACGGACAUAUCUGACCUCUCCGAACGUUGUCUUAUUACCUUACGGGAGGUUUCCCCCCAGAAAUUCUUGGAUUUCUUGCAAUAUGAGAUUGAAUGCCAUAACUCUGAUUUGUAUUUUACUUCUUAUUGGUGCUGUUUCGAGGAAAAGGUGCGGAAGGAAAAGGAAACAACGGAGGGAUCCGAAUCGGACCUAAAUGGGAAUGACAUGAAAAAGGCUUUCUCCGAUCGAAGUCGACGCCCCAAGGGGUCCUCCGGCCAAGGGUCCUGUCGUUUCUCGAUGCGAAGAAAAGCCCUACUCCAUGGAGCCAUGGGCAUGAUUCCAGUUGUCCUCACCCAACCAUGCUAUUGCACAUUUGUCCGCGACAAGAAGAUCCUGUAUCGCAGCAUGGAUCUGGUUCGAGAAAGGAGAACUUUCCUCUCAAGGAGAGAGAGGUCGUCCCUCCCAAUCAAAAGAAAGGAGGGUUCUGUUCUGCUUCCGCUGCCGCUCCAGGCAUUGGAGCGGGAACCUGCCUGCCCUAGCUCAGGUCUUGACCCGAUAUUUCCCCGCUGGCUGGUGAGGAUGUCAUCACCGAUCAAGACGGACGAAGAGCGAGCCGUCGCCCCUUGGAAUCCACGGGAGAAUCUCCCAUUGAUUGAGUUUGUCUCGUGGCUGAUACUUUUUAUCCAGCUCAAAUCUCUUGCUUUCGCCGUUGGUUGUUUGCAGUCCGCUUCACCUCCCUCUGCUGUCGUGCGCCUUGUGAGCGCGUUUGAUCCGCGAAGGCAAUCGCUCGGCUGUUCCCCUAACCCAACCCGCGUCAUGCUGAUGAGAGAGCUGGCGGCUUCUCUUCGCUUCAGUAGCUUCGAUCAGUCCCUCACUUCGCUUGGAUCCCUGGGCUUUCUGUCCCCGCGAGGGACAGGCGCCAAUAACAAGAAUGGGAAGUGGCUUCUGACUUAUGCAGGCCGUCUUAUUAUGGUUAACUCAGUUCUUAGAAGGGGCAACUCAGCCUUGUCUUUCCCUUUGGUCCGGAGUCAAGGUUCGACUCCCUCCGUAGUUUUCGACCCAGCUCAAUUACAUCGAUCCUCUCCUUUCGCGUCGAGCCAAUUGCACCAAAUCGUCGACUGA